GGACUUUCCAACACCUACUAUUUGGAUAAACUGAACAGACUUAAUUUUAGUCUUUUUGCAUUAGAUCGCCCUCCGAUGACUGAAACUGUGGCCAAAACAGAAGUCAAACAACAGUGAACAAUGUCCGAGGGGCUCUUACAGCCACUGCGCACCGUUUGUCAAUAAGCAGUCCGCGAAGACGUAGAGAGAUAAAUUCGCGCCGAAAUAAUGUUAUAUCUCCGCCGCUUGUUCAGCCAGGAGCUGAGUCCUGCCGCACAAACGGACUUCCUCGGUUGCCUGCAACAGGCACCACACCUGCUAACCAAUGGCUUUGCCGGUGCGCCCGCUCUGGAGAGUCUUUCCUGGUUACACAAUCUGGCGCCCUGUUUCCCGCUGCGCGGCGAGCAGAUCCAUGUGAUACACGAGCCCCAGCACUUCUACGAUACGUUGGUGCAGCGCAUUGCCAAGGCAAAGAAGCGCAUAGUGCUGGCCAGCCUCUACCUGGGCACGGGCCAGCUGGAGAACGCCAUGGUCCAGAAGUUGCGUCACAGCCUCCAAACACAAUCGUCGCUGCGGCUCAACGUGCUGUUGGAUUUCACACGUGGUACACGUGGCGAUCUCAACUCCAAGACGAUGCUUCUGCCACUGGUUCGCGAGUUCAAAGAGCAGGUCCAGCUGUCCCUCUACCACACGCCAGAUCUGCGGGGGAUGACCAAGCGACUUAUGCCACCCCGCUGGAACGAACUCCUGGGUCUGCAACACAUGAAAGUCUACCUGUUCGACGAUGCUGUGAUCAUAUCCGGAGCAAAUCUUUCGAAUGACUAUUUCACCAACCGACAAGACCGCUACAUCCUGAUCGAGGACAAGCCCCUGGCGGACUUUUAUGCGCAGUUCAUUGAGCGGGUGCAGGAGUUCAGCUUGGCGGUCAGCCCUGACGCCACAGAGGGGCUGCAUCGCAACUGGAGCAUCCUGCCCUACGAGGGCACCAAGCAGCAGUUCAUUGAGCAGGCCAGGAAGCGAAUAUCGGACUUUGUGCAGGAGACUUAUCAGCGACAGAGUCAGGUGAGGGAGCAGCAGACGCAGGCGGACACCUGGGUCUUCCCGCUGCUCGAGAUGGGCCAGAUUGGCAUUCAUCACGACAGUGUGGUGACCAAGCGACUGCUCUCCAGCUGCAUCGCUGGCUCCCGCCUCAAACUGGCCACCGGCUACUUCAAUCUGACUCAGGACUACAUGGACACCAUCACGCACAAGUGCCUCGCGCAGUGCAGCAUUCUCAUGGCCCAUCCGAACGCAAAUGGCUUCAAGGGCGCCAAGGGGCCUGCCGGUGGUAUUCCGGCUGCUUACACACUGAUAGCCAAGAGCUUCUACGAGAGUCUGGUGCGGCGCAAGCAGAAUCAUCGCGUCAAUUUCUUCGAAUACGAGAAGCCUGGCUGGACGUACCACGCCAAGGGUCUGUGGUACUAUCUUCCCGAGGCGAGGCUGCCAAAUCUAACGCUUAUUGGGUCCUCGAAUUUCGGGGAGCGUUCGGUGAAUCGCGACCUGGAGACUCAGGUGUGCCUCGUGACGAGCAACACGGAUCUGAGCCAGCGGCUGCAGGCCGAGGCGGAUCGCCUCUACGAUAUGUCGCAGACGGCGGAGCGGGAGAUUGUUAAGCGGGUCGUGCCCCGUUGGGUACAGGCUGUUGUACGCAUAUUCAGGAACUUUUUCUAGACUCUAUUCAAAGUGUUAGUUAAAUUGGCUGUUGUUGAGGCCCCCGCACCCCCCAUCGUACCAGUUACUAUAGUGUUUAAAUCGUGUUUAAUUAUUGCAUGUGUGUGCGCGUGGUUGAUGCUGCUGUAAAUGGUUAGUUUUAUACACAGUUUAGAAUUUGUUAAACAAUAAAGUGAAUUUUUAAAGGAAA